AUGAAGACCCCUAAAACUUUUGAGGAGCAAACAGAAUGCAUUGUGGACACUCUGCUCACAGACUUCUUGGGCACAACAUCGCAGGUUUCUAACCGCAGCCUAUGUUGUGAAGAUGAACCAGAUUCAGGUGAGCCUUGUUCUUUUGAUGUGGCCAUAAUUGCUGGCCGCCUUCGGAUGUUGGGUGAUCAGUUCAAUGGAGAAUUGGAGCGCCAUGCCAGAAGCAUCAUUAAAGAAACGACUCAGGGACAGGGAGAAGCUCUACUCAAGGACACAGUGAAAUCUCUCAGUAUGACCUGGUGUGCUCAGGAUCCCAGCUUAGCUUAUGAGAGAGCAUUUUUAGCAGUGUCAGUGAAACUUCUCGAGAGUGUGGUCCACGUGGCCCCCAAAAUAGCCAGGGACAUGGCCAUCCCUGUGAUAAAUAUGAUCAAUGGAAACAGUGCCAUCCGGGAGUUCAUCCAGAGCCAAGGAGGUUGGGAAAAUCUGGAUAGCUGA